AUGAGGAAGGUUAGAGGUAUAAUUAAAGAUAGGAAUAUUGAUUUUGUUUGUUUCCAAGAGACUAAGAGGUCUGCUAUUUCAUCAUUAUUUGUUCAAUCGUUAUGGCCAUAUGAAGAUAUGGAGUUUAUGGUAGUUGACUCUAUAGGUAGGGCAGGGGGUCUGUUGUGUAUUUGGAAGUUGUCGGUGUUUUAUCUUUCCCAGUGCUGUAGCACCAGUCAUUGUAUUAUACUCUCAGUGACUCUCUUGCCAAAUUUUGAGUGCGUUCUGGUGAACAUCCAUGCACCAUCUGAGGUUAAUGAAAGGGGUAAAUUUUGGAAGGUUCUUCAUAGACUGAAAACAGUGUUUUGUGAUCCUUGGUGCCUAGUCGGUGACUUUAAUGAGAUAAGGAGCAUUGGUGAGAGAAGGGGUUGCUCUAGGAGAGACAAAGGGAUGAAGGAGUUUAACCAAUUCAUAGAUAAUUUAGAGCUCAUUGACUUACCUAUGAUGGGUAGGCAAUUCACAUGGUGUAACGCUAUUGAAGGGGAUAGAUGGAGUAGGAUUGACAGAGUUUUGUUAUCAACGGAGUGGAUGGAAAGAUACAACUUAAAAUUAUGGGGCUUGGAGAGAAGUGUGUCUGAUCAUUGCCCCCUAUUGCUGGUUGAAGAUGGGAGGGAUUGGGGUCCAAGGCCGUUUCGUUUUCUAAACGCUUGGACCCUUCAUCCUAACUUCGGUAGUAUUGUGAAGAAAGCUUGGAAUGUAUCUGCCUUUUCUGGAUGGGCAGGUAGCAGAGGAGGAGCUCCAUGCCAUUGA